AUGAUCUGCGAGAAGGAAGUUACGGACGUACUCCUCUUGACCACAUGCAAGCACCGCUUCUUGCUUGGUUCCAACCGAUCAACCCCAACUGUCGCUAUGAUGAGACGCCUCUUUGCGAUCCUCCUCAAUCUAGUCGCCGGCGCAUUUCCACUUGUUGUGAGAAGUGGUGUCACUGGUCUGCACGAGCGGAACUUGACCUUGACAUGGGAGAUUCUGCCGACCAACAGCCAACAACAAUUUCGAGGAUUGUCACCAGUAUCGGACCAAAUCGCCUGGGUUUCGGGCACAGCAGGAAGGGUUCUUCGCACGACCGACGGCGGCGCUUCGUGGCAAGCAGUCGGCCCCAAACUGCCAGCGGAAGACGCCGACCUGCAGUUCCGCGACGUGCAGGCCUUUUCGGCCGAAAAGGCCGUCGUCCUGUCCAUUGGCGAAGGGGCGGAUUCGCGCAUUUACAUCACUACCAACGGCGGCGAGUCGUGGACGCAGAGUUUUGCGAAUGAGGAGCCGGCAGCUUUCUUCAACUGCGUCGACUUUGAGGACGAGGAGAGAGGUAGUGCCGUUAGCGACCCUGUCGAUGGCAAGUUUCGGCUGAUUGAGACGAUGGAUGGGGGCAAUUCUUGGACGAUUGUCGACCCAAGUGGUAUGGCGCCUGCGUUGGAAGGAGAAUUCGGAUUUGCAGCCAGUGGGACUUGCAUUUCUACCGCUGCGGGACGAUGGUAUCUGGCAUCGGGUGGAAUCGAUCCCGGCAGAGUCUUCCGGAGCCCAGACGGAUAUGACUGGGAUGUAUCGGGCAGUGCGAUUGCGGGUGGUGCUUCGGCCGGGGUGUUCUCGGUGCGGUUCAAAGACGCGCAUAAUGGCAUUGCCACUGGCGGUGACUUCAACGUGGCCAACGGUUCCCUUUACACAUCAGCCUGGUCGGAGGACGGAGGAGAGACCUGGACAGCUUCGGAGGAAUUUCCAGGGGGGUACCGGUCCGGCUCGUCGUGGGCCCCGGGACUGUGUGGGUUGGCUGUCGCCGUGGGACCAUCUGGAUCAGAUAUCACGCUCGAUGGCGGAAAGACUUGGGUUACAUUUGACCAAGGCUCGUUCGAUGCAGUCGAGUGCAUUUACGGCCGAGUCUGCUGGGCGUCCGGGUCAGCUGGGAGGGUGGGAAAGCUCUUGUUGAGGUGA